AUUAUUUUCCUAUGUUUUAGCUUGCACUUGUGUGAAUGGAGGAACAUGUGAACGAGAUGGUAAAUGCACUUGUCCGGAUGAAUAUCAUGGCCGAAACUGUGAAGUUAAGAAAGGUUGCAACCCCCCUGGUCCAAUUAUGCACCCAGUACAAGUUUUGCUCAGUCCUCCCAACAUGCCGGUGACAGCCGUUUACAGUUGCCCUGAAGGUUACAUAUUGAAAGGAUCAGCCAUCAGCACCUGUCAAUCGAAUAAAAAGUGGUCCAGCAACCCACCAGUUUGUUCUCCAGCGUGUCCUCUGCUAAGUGCACCAGCCAAUGGGAAACUGACAUUUUCAAGUAAUGAGCUGACUGAAGGUGUCACAGCUGAAACAGUCUGCAACCCUCACCACCGUCUCAUUGGUGAGCAAGUUCUGACGUGUUUAAAUGGUGGACAUUGGAAUGAAGAGUUACCUGUAUGCGAGAAAUUGGCCUUCUGUCCGGAUCCUGGAGACGUGAGAAAUGCAGCUAGAAAAGUUCCUCCAGAAUCAGUCAAGAUAGGCGGGCACUUUUUGCAGGAUAGUAGAAUCAAUUAUAAAUGCAGAAUCGGAUAUGAGCAGAUGGGAUUCGCCACGAUUCUGUGUCUCUUUGACGGAACAUGGUCCGAUGAAUUGCCGUCUUGCAUAAAAGUUUCGUCUCUAAAAACAGACUGCCUCACAAAAGGAUCUGAAAUUGUUUCUGAGCCAGGGGUUCCGGUCAGAGUUGUCUGUCCACCUGAAUGUGCAGAUGAGGAUUUCAAUGUAUGGGGAACUUCGAUAUACCGACAACAUUCGUCGGUGUGCCAGGCAGCCAUUCAUUCAGCCAAAAUUACAAAUAGUGGAGGACCGGUUGAUGUCAUCAAUAAUGGAGAAUAUUCUCAUUUCACUGGAAGUUUUUCGAACAACAUUGAAUCCAACAGUUUUGCAGAUCGAGAUGAAAGUUUUCGAUUCGAUAGAUUGCAACCACAGCAUCGUGUUGGAAACAAUAAAGAAUGCGAUAAAGGAUUGGUGAAGUUGGAUCAAAAGUGUGCUUACAUAUCCAACAAUCUUCGAACUAGACAGGAAGCAGAAGCAGUUUGCACCAACAUGGGGUUGUCUCUCGAGUUACCCUCUUCAUCCCAAGACAGACUCAGACUGGUUACUGAACUCAACAUAAGAGACAUUGACUUCAUCUGGAUUGGAAAAAAUGAGACUUUGGCAGAUUCUGAUGCAGCAGAUAGUACUUAUGACCAUAACAAUAACAGUCCCUUCUGCCCGGGUGCUUCUGUUUCUCAUUUGACUUUAAAGAAAUCGAGGAAAGGUUGUGAGGAUCCCUCGAAUUUCAUUUGCAUUCAGAAAUCACAAGCUUCUUCUUUAGCUGUGUGUAAAGAUCCAGGAUCCUUAGAGAAUGGCGCUUCUAAACCUGUUGGACAAAUAGACGGCGUUUAUUAUGUGGGAUCCUCCAUUGAAUUCGCAUGUCAAUCUCUACAUUAUCUGAAAGGUGAGGAGAGUAUAUCUUGUACAACUAGUGGAAGUUGGUCACACACCAAACCAGUUUGCAUUAAGGUAAAUGCAUGUGAAGAUCCACCCAUUCCGAUUGGUGGAUUCGUAACAUAUUUGCCACCUUUGAAGUCUCCCGCCGCCCAAAGAGCAGCUGUAAACAACAGAGGAACUAUUCAAGGAAUGAGAGUUGGAAGAUUGCCGGUGGGACUAUCUGGUCAUUCUGGAGCUCCUCAAAAUGCCAUCGGCAUCACAACUACUCCAGAACCUGAAACUAUAUCCUUACCACCCGGACUUCACAGGAUUGGAGAAAGAGCAAUGUAUGAUUGUGAAUCUAGGUACUACAAGCUCAUUGGGUCCAGAACCAGAAGAUGCCAAGGAGCAGGUGAAUGGAGUGGAAGGCCACCAACUUGCAUACCAGUCUGCGGACGAUCGGAUUCUCCACGAUCCCCCUUUAUCGUUAAUGGAAAUGCAUCCGAUAUAGGGCAGUGGCCAUGGCAGGUUGGCAUAGCACGCCAUUUGCCUGAUUUAGGACAAUGGUUUCUUUUGUGCGGGGCUUCUCUACUUUCCGAACGAUGGGUGAUAACUGCAGCUCAUUGUGUCACCUAUGCAGGAACAACGCUUGUAAUAGAACCGAACAGAUUCCAACUUUAUUUUGGAAAAUACCAUAGACAGGAUACUAAAGAUGACGAAUACGUUCAAGUGAGAAAGAUCGAGGAAAUUCACAUUCAUCCAGAUUAUGAUCCUGGAUUAAUGGAUGCUGAUAUAGCAUUAAUACAAGUGGACUCACCCGUGCAGCUGAAUAGCAGAGUUCAACCUGUCUGUUUACCCACUGAACAAACCACUAGAGAAAACUUGGUUGAAGGAAAAAAAGGAGUGGUGACUGGAUGGGGCAUGAAUGAAAAUUCCACAUACUCUGAAACUUUGCAGCAAGCAGUUUUGCCUGUCGUUUCUCAAUCCGUGUGUGAGAAAGGGUACGAAGAUUCUGACUUGCCCUUGACGGUGACGGAGAACAUGUAUUGCGCAGGAUUUGCCAGAGGUCGAUCAGAUGCUUGCAGUGGUGACAGUGGCGGACCUAUGGUUUUCACAGAUGAUUCCUCACGAGAAAGAAAAUGGGUAUUGGAAGGGAUUGUCAGCUGGGGUAGUCCACAAGGAUGCGGAAAUCCCAACCAGUAUGGCGGUUUCACAACUGUUAGUCAAUUCUUGGAUUGGAUUCACCUUUUUUACUAACAAAAAGCACAAGAAAUGUGAUCACAUUAACCACGGAAUUCAUUAUAUUCUUACUGUUUGGUGAUAAAUGGAAUAUUCAAAUCAUAUGUAACCAUUUCUCCAUACCUUUCACCCACAAAAUGCAUAAUUGUACUAAUAUAUGUGUAAUUUGGAUGACAUCAAAUAAAAAAAAUUAUUUUUUA